UUUGUCUGAGCGAAGGAAAAAAAAAAGACAAAAAAUUUGAAUUUGUUUGUUGGUCGAAGAGGAAGAAGAGCAGAGCGAUUUGUUGAUUACUCUUUUUUUUUAUCUUCACAACAGAGGCAAAAAGUGUCAUCUUUUGGAUCAAUUUCUCAGAAGGAGUGAAUCUUAGGGUUUAAAAUUAUUCUCAGGAAAGCAAUUCGUUCCAUUAACAAACUAAACCAGAGAGAGAGAGAGUAUCUCUCUCUGUCUUGUUGUCUCCAUUGACCUCUACAGGUUCUUAUUCCCGAGAAGCUCUCUCUCCUGUUUCGAGGAAGUGUGCAUGACGGAUUUGAGAAAUUAGGGUUUAUGAUGAAGCUCGAAAGGAUCCAAAAGUUCUGAUUUUGAGGUGUUGGGUUUGUCCAGUUCCGUUGAUACAUUGUUGGGUCUGAUUUGGAUUAAAAGGGGGAUGAUGUUAUCGGCGUCGCCGAACACGUUAGCGAAAAGCUCUCUCGAGGAGAUGCUUGAGUCUCUCCGGCAGAAGGAUGAGUGUGAUCGGCCUAGAGAUGUGCCUCCUGCGCUUCCUUCUCGGCCUAACUCCAGAGCUCGUCUUCCCUCGGCUCGGAGGUCGCUUCCGGCGAAGUUUAAUGUUAGCAGUGUCAUGGAAGAUCAGAAUCAGAACGGGAAGGAAGAAACUGAGGCGGAGAAGAAAGAGGAAGGGAAGAGGAAAGAGAAGGAUUUAGGAGUUAAGAGGAAGAGUUUCGGGAGCAAGAAGAUGAGGACUGGUUAUGGCUCAGAGUCUCCGUAUGUAUUGGAGGAGAAAGAGGAGGAGGGGGAAGGUGUUAAGGUUAGUGCUGCUACUAAGGUUAGUUCAGUGGAGAACAAGGAGGAGCAGAAACCUGAGUGGAACAAUAAUCUUGAGUAUUUCAUUAACAAGAAACUUCGAGUUUGGUGUCGGGUUGCAAAUGGGGAGUGGCAACUGGGGAAGAUACAGUCCACUUCUGCUGAUACAUCGCUUGUUAUGUUGUCCACUGCAAAUGUUGUGAAAGUGUCUACUGAAGAUCUUUUCCCAGCAAACCCAGAUAUCUUGGAAGGUGUUGAAGACCUUAUACAGCUUAGCUAUUUAAACGAACCAUCCGUUCUUUAUAACCUUCGUGUUAGAUACUCGCAAGACGUGAUCUAUAGUAAGGCAGGGCCGGUAUUGAUUGCGGUCAAUCCGUUCAAGAGUGUCCAAAUUUAUGGAAAUGAUAUCAUCUCAGCUUAUCAGAAAAAGGCUGUGGAUGCUCCUCAUGUUUAUGCUGUGGCGGAUGCAGCUUAUGACGAGAUGAUGAGAGAAGAGAAGAACCAGUCUAUAAUUAUAAGGUACGAGUCUUUACACUCUGAAUGCUUUUUUUUGUAUUGGUUAAUUGAUUAUUUAUUGUUGUGCAGUGGAGAAAGUGGAGCUGGGAAAACUGAGACGGCCAAGUAUGCAAUGCAGUAUUUGGCAGCUCUUGGUGGAGGGAGCUGUGGCGUAGAGUAUGAGAUCCUCAAGACAACUUCCAUACUCGAAGCUUUUGGGAAUGCUAAAACAUCAAGAAAUGCUAACUCUAGCAGAUUUGGUAAACUCAUAGAGAUUCAUUUUAGUGCAAUGGGAAAGAUAUGUGGAGCCAAACUUGAAACUUUUUUGUUAGAGAAGUCAAGAGUGGCUCAGCUGUUCAAUGGCGAAAGAUCCUACCAUAUAUUCUAUGAGUUGUGUGCAGGUGCUUCCCCAAUUCUGAAAGAGAGAUUGAAGCUUAAAACAGCAAGUGAGUAUACCUACCUGAACCAGAGUGAUUGCUUGACCAUCGACGGUGUUGAUGAUGCUCAGAAAUUUCGCAAACUACUGGAAGCUUUUGACAUUGUUCAAAUCCCUAAAGAGCACCAAGAGCGCGUAUUUGCACUGCUUGCAGCGGUGUUGUGGCUAGGGAAUGUAUCUUUCCGAGUUACAGACAAUGAAAAUCAUGUGGAGGUGGUAGCAGAUGAAGCUGUCACCAAUGCCGCUAUGUUAAUGGGCUGCAACUUAGAAGAGCUUAUGGUGGUUUUGUCUACCCGUAAACUUCAAGCUGGUGCGGAUUGUAUUGCCAAAAAACUUACAUUGCGCCAGGCAACCGACAUGAGGGAUGGAAUAGCAAAGUUUAUUUAUGCAAGCCUUUUUGACUGGCUUGUUGAGCAAAUAAACAUUGCAUUGGAAGUCGGUAAAUCGAUCUCUGGGAGAUCUAUAAGCAUCCUUGAUAUAUAUGGGUUUGAAUCAUUUAAGAAUAAUAGCUUUGAACAGUUCUGUAUAAACUAUGCAAAUGAGAGGCUGCAGCAGCACUUCAACCGUCAUUUAUUUAAACUUGAACAAGAGGAAUAUGAAGAGGAUGGAAUUGAUUGGACCAAGGUCGAGUUUGAAGAUAAUCAAGAGUGCUUAGAUCUCAUCGAGAAGAAACCCAUUGGUUUGUUGUCUGUACUAGACGAGGAAUCAAAUUUUCCCAAAGCAACGGAUCUGACCUUUGCCAACAAGCUCAAGCAACACUUGAAGACCAACUCUUGCUUCAAAGGAGAGAGAGGUCGAGCCUUCAGAGUUAAUCAUUAUGCCGGAGAGGUUCUCUAUGAUACAAAUGGGUUCUUGGAAAAGAACAGGGAUCCGUUGCCUGCUGAUCUUAUCCAUCUAUUAGCAUCAUGCGACUGUCAGUUGCUGAAACUGUUUUCUACUAAAAUGCGUAACAAAUCUCAGAAGCCGCUUCUGCUGUCUGACUCAACAAACCAAACUGUUGGGACAAAGUUUAAGGGUCAACUAUUCAAGUUGAUGAACACGUUAGAGAACACAACCCCGCACUUCAUCAGAUGCAUAAAGCCGAAUUCGAAGCAGCUUCCCAGGGUUUAUGAAGAGGACCUCGUCCUACAACAGCUUAGAUGUUGCGGCGUGUUGGAGGUUGUUAGAAUAUCAAGAUCUGGAUAUCCUACUCGUUUGACACAUCAAGAGUUUGCAGGAAGAUAUGGGUUCUUAUUGUCAGACAAAAAGGUCUCUCAGGAUCCUCUGAGCGUAUCAAUCGCUGUUCUGAAACAGUAUGAUGUUCAUCCUGAAAUGUAUCAAGUUGGUUAUACAAAACUGUACCUAAGAGCUGGACAAAUUGGUAUCUUUGAAGAUAGGAGAAAGAAAAUUCUUCAAGGGAUAGUGGGAUUACAAAAGCGUCUCCGUGGUCACUUGUCUCGUGAAUACUUUCAAAGUGUGAGAAACGGAGCAUUGGUACUUCAGUCAUAUGUACGAGGUGAGAUUGGCCGAAGGAUGUUUGAUAUUGAAGCAAAGCUCCAUGCAGAUUCUGUUUCUGAAGCAAGCACAGGAGAGUUGACUGCAGUCAUACACUUGCAGUCUGCUGUUAGAGGAUGGUUAGCUCGAAAACGAUUCAACAGCAUGCAAAGACAGAAAGAGUUACUCAAUGUGACGACAUUAUCAAAGAAGAGAGCUGGUCUGAGGAUAUCAGAAGACAAGGAGGAGUUCAAAGUUCAACCAUCAGCUAUGUCUGAUCUCCAGAAGCGGGUAUUGGAAUCUGAAACAGCUUUAUUGCAGAAGGAAGAAGAAAACACAGCAUUGAGAGAGCAGUUGAGACAGUUUGAGGAGAAAUGGUCAGAGUAUGAAAUAAAAAUGAAGUCAAUGGAGGAAACAUGGCAAAAGCAAAUGUCAUCCUUGCAGAUGAGUCUAGCCGCUGCUAGAAAGAGUCUAGCGACAGAGAACGUUACAGGUCAAGCAGGAGGAGGGAGACAAGACACAUCGACAUCACCUUUCGGUUAUGAAUCGGAGGACACAACGUCUACUACUGCAACUCCAGGGUUAAGAACUCCCACUACUAACUUCACAAACGGAAACACUCCAGAACUCAGAAGCAGAGAGCUCAACGGAAGUUUGAACGCUGUUAAUCAUCUCGCGAGAGAGUUUGAUCAAAGGAGACUCAAUUUUGACGAAGAUGCUAGAGCCAUUGUGGAGGUGAAAGUUGAACCGGAGGCAACUGGGCAGCAACAGCAACAUCCAGAAGAUGAAUUUAGGAGACUGAAGCUAAGAUUUGAGACAUGGAAGAAGGAUUACAAAGCUAGAUUAAGAGAGACUAAAGCAAGACUCCAUAGUGAUAAACGCCGUCACCGGAAAUGGUGGGGCAAAUGAGGAUAAAGCACUCGCUUAGGUUUGUUGUAUUAGUUAGAUUGGGAGCAUUGUAGAUUCAACUGAGAGUGAGAAAGAUGUCUUUUGUUCUUUUUGUGCAUAGAAGCAAAUAGAGUUUUGUAACUUGAGAGGCACAAGAAAGAUUAUGUUUAUAUCA